AUGUCUCCCAACAAGACUAACAAUGGCGUCGGCGUCCAGGUCGAGGACACCAAAAUAUGCGUCGUCAUGGUUGGUCUCCCCGCCCGAGGCAAGAGCUACAUUGCCCAGAUAGCGCAGCGCUAUCUGCAAUGGCUCUCCAUCCCUGCCCAGACGUUCAACGUAGGCAAUUACCGUCGCAAUGACGCGCCCCAGCCCACGGCCGACUUCUUCGACACCAACAACGCAGAGGGCGAGCGGAAGCGUCGCCAGGCCGCCGAGGCCGCCGUCGCCGACAUGCUCUCCUGGUUCCGCACCGGCGGCGUCGUCGCCAUCUUCGAUGCCACGAAUUCCACAAAGGAACGGCGCAAGUGGGUGUCGGACACGUGCGCCGCCCACGGCAUCGAGGUGCUCUUCGUCGAGAGCAAGUGCGACGACGAAGCCCUCAUCAUGGCCAACAUCCGCGACGUCAAGACGACGAGCCCCGACUAUCGCGGCCAGGAUCCCGAAGAUGCCGCCCAGGACUUCCGCAACCGCAUCCGAAAUUACGAAAAGAUUUACAAGUCCAUCGAUGAGGACGGCGACGAGGACGGCUACACCUACCUCAAGAUUAUGGACAUUGGCAAGCAGGUCAUCAUCAACCGUAUCCAAGACUACCUCCAGAGCCGAAUCGUCUACUACCUCAUGAACCUCCACAUUCGUCCGCGCUCCGUCUGGCUCUCAAGGCACGGCGAGUCCAUGUACAAUCUCGACGGCAGGAUCGGCGGAGAUACGCUCCUGUCGACGCGAGGUCAACUCUACGCCAAGAAGCUUCCCCAGCUGGUUCGGGAAUCCGUCGGGGACGACCGACCCCUGACCGUGUGGACGUCGACGCUCAAGCGCACCAUCGCCACGGCGCGCUUUCUCCCGCCCACCUACAACCAGCUGCAGUGGAAGGCCCUCGACGAGCUCGACUCGGGCGUCUGCGACGGUUUGACGUACCAGGAGAUCAAGGACCGGUACCCCGAAGACUUUGCCGCCCGCGACGAGGACAAGUACAACUACCGGUACCGCGGCGGCGAGUCCUACCGUGAUGUUGUCAUUCGCCUCGAACCCAUAAUUAUGGAGCUGGAGCGUAGCGAGAAUAUCCUCAUCGUCACCCACCAGGCGGUCCUGCGCUGCAUCUACGCCUACUUCAUGAAGAAGGACCAAGCCCAGAGCCCCUGGAUGAACAUUCCUCUGCACACCCUCAUCAAGCUGACGCCGAGGGCCUACGGCACCGAGGAGGUGCGAUACGAGGCGAAUAUUCCUGCCGUGAGCACCUGGCGCGGCAAGGGCAGCACGGCCAAACACGAGAAUCCUACUCUCGGGACCCUGCGAGCGGGAGGACGAUGGCAUCCGCGUGAUGGGCACGAGGGCAACACAGUUGAGAAGCAAAGGCCGCGCCACUGCCGUCCGACAGGAGCGCGAAUCCAUUUUGUGGCACCACUUUGUGCAAUGUUGCUGCGAGUUCUGCAAACGCUAGCGAGCGAGCUGGCCCUCGUCCCUCAUGAUAGCCGGCGUCUGAUUUCGACUCGAGUGCUUGGGCGUCAAGGUGAAGGAUCCAAUGGUGCGAUUGCGCUGCAACCUCACGAACUCUGCGUGGCUGCCGAGCAACUGCCAAGCACCUGUUCAACCUACCAUGAAUCGCACGUCUCCCCCGAGGCCGCAAAAGACUGUCUUCUUCCUUCUCGCCCAGAGCCCCUAGUUCCUUUGUAUCCGACUUGGCUUUUUCAACAACUGCAGCGAUUCUGCAAGCUGCUUCAGGAACCAAAGCUGAUUCCAGAUCAACACCGGGUGAUUUUGCAACCGAUUGCGACUUCGACGAGCCUCGAAACAAGUUCAUUCAGCAUGUCAAACUGCUUUCAGCUGCCCGUCUUUGCGUUCCAGACGCCAGCCGCACCUUCAACGGCGCCGUGCUACAAUCAAUCUUAUUACUAUCUUUACAACGCUCCGAUGCAUGGCACAACGUACCGACGACCUCGACAGACAGAGUAUGUCACUCAGCAGCCCGCCGAGACAUGGCUCCCAUCUCCCGCGAUGAUGCCAGUCUCGUACGUGCCCAUGUCAGCUCCGCCAACGUCGUACGUGCAAACGAUGGCCGCCUGUCCUUCCUUUCCGCCGCCACAGCUCACGACAACAUACCUCAUCGCGGCGCCAUCCAAUCUUGUUCCGCUUCCGCUUCCGCUUCCUCCCCCACCAACAGCGACCGAACUCUCGCAGGGCGCUAUCUCGACGCCAUCGGGGGUGGCCGUUGCAGGAGCCAACGUCUCCUCCCCCCCCUACCGCAUGACCAUCCGGGUAGUCUUUUAUGGCCGGACGACAGCACCGGGUAGUGCGCUUUGGGUUCGCGUAUGUGACGGAGUCUACUGCGAAGGUCCGCCGAGCGCGGCCCGUCUACGUGCCGAUGCCGCCAUCUUCGCCGAGCAGCACGGCCUGCCUGACCCCACGAGGGAGCAGAUGACGCUGUACAUCAUGGUAUCUGGUACCGCGGGGGCGGGAGCCGUGACCCGGCCGCGCGCCACGCUCAGCAUUCUUGCCGCCGCAGGGCCCGUCGGCUCGCACCUCGUCGACCGAAUCGUGCGUCUGGGAGGUGCCGGCGCCGGUGCCGACGUGCGUGAUGCUCUGCGCGACGUGCGUGCCCGCCGCAAAGCCGUCUUUCUACUCGUCGACAUGACGCCGUGUAACGAUGACAGCAACAGUGACGCCCACAGUGGUGGCCCGGAGAAGAGCGCCGUCAUCCCCGUCGCGGAGGGCGGCGAGAGCGGCGACGAAGUUGUCAUCGAAGUUUCCCGCCACGACGACGGCGAGCACGACGAGAAUCCCACGUCGGGUGGCGGUGGUGUUGGACACCAUGGUGACGGCAAUGACGGGGGGGAUGGUUGUGCUGCCAACCCCGAUGUCAUGGAAGGAGUAGCUCACCAGCCGGAGAACCGUGUAGACCAAGAGUCGCAGCUCGCUAAUGCCGUCGGUGGUGGUGGUAAUGGCGAGGGAGUCGGUGGUGCCGUCAACUCCGAUGCCGUCAUAGAUGGAGCAGCUCACGAGCCGGAGAGCCGUGUUGACGAAGAGCCGCAGCUCUCCAACGCCGUUGGUGGCGAGCCAGAUCACGAAACGGAGGCCGAGCAGGCGCCAGUGGCGGGAGACGAUGCCAAUGCCAGUGCCGACGCCGAAGCACCUCAUCCAGAGGCGGAGGAGAUGGAGCCGGAUGCGCGAGUGCAACCCGCCGAGGGGCAGAAUGCAGCUUCCCCUGACAAUGCUGUCAAUGACCAUGACGCCCUUCCCGGAGACGAUGGCCAGACCAAUGGCAACGAGAAUGAGCCCACACCCGCAGCCUGA